GCUUUUGAAACGUCAAGUGCUAUAUAAAAUUCCUAGUGAUUAAACUGCUUUUUCAUUACGUCAUUGUCAAUUGAUAGUACAACGGAACACAAAUAUUUCUAAUUUCACAAAAAAUGAAGUGGUUCGAAGGUAGCAUUACGGAAGCAGUGGCAACAUCAAAAUCGAGGAAAGCAAUUUUCGUCGUUUUUGUUGAAGGAAAAGAUGACACUUCUGCACAAGUUGCUGAAUCGAUCAAUACUACAGAAGUUUCUUGUAGAUUGGAACAAGAUGACGUUGUAGCAAUUCGAUUGGAAAGUGGGUCUGAAAACUAUAGGUUCUUUGCCCAAAUUUAUCAAUUGGUACCUGUUCCAUCUAUAUUCUUCAUUAGUACUAAUGGCACACCAUUGGAGAUUAUUGCUGGUACAACAACUGCCGCUGAUUUAAUAACCAAAAUUGAGUUAGUUUUAUCAAAGGCAAGGAAGAAUGAAAAUUCUUCUAUGAAUUUAAUAGAUGCAGAGAAAAAAGCUACUGCCAGUAGCGGUACUAUUAAUUCCAAUACAAAUGCCGGUAGCAGUGUAGAUCUUAAAAAUGAUAACAAAACAAAGUCAAAUACAGAUGUACCUUUAUCACAAACAACUUUAAAAAAUGAGAAUAGUAUUGUAACAACAGAAGAUGUAAAGGUAGAGCCUUGUACCGCUUUAAAAACCACCGAAGCUUCAGUUUCCAAUAGUGAGACACAAGAUGCAAGUACCAAAGAAUUGUCACCAGAAGAAAAAGUGGAAAGAGCAAAGCAGUUGAUAGAAUUGCAACGUGUACAGCAUGUAGAGGAAGAAAAACAAAAAGAAAAAGAGAGGGAAAUAGAGCGACGUAAAAUUGGACGUGAUGUCCAGAAAAUGAGACAAAAACAACAAGAUUUAGAAAUAAAACAAGCUCAUGACGAAAGAUUAAGGGAAAAAGCUGCCGAUGCAGCAGCCAGGGAAAAGGUUAGGCAACAAAUCGCUCAGGAUAAAUUAGAAAGAAAACAAAGGGAGUCAGCUAUCCAGCAACAAAUGCAGAAACAACAAGGCCAAGAGCCACCUAAACUGUAUGCGCCGAUUGCAAGUGAUGCAUCCGUAACUAGAAUUCAGUUCAAAUUGCCAUCCGGUAGUCCUCACAUGGGACAAUUUGAACCAACAAAUACUUUACGCGAUUUGCGUAAUUAUGUUGUCCAGAACAUCGAUUUACCAUUCCGUCAGUUUGCGAUGUCUAUCUCAUUUCCCAGAAGAGACUUGACAGCUGAAGAAGAUAAUAAAACUCUUUUACAACUAGAACUGGUUCCCACAGCUGUGAUUUUAAUUCUACCGUUGAAAAAUCCUAAUGUCACGGCAAUUGAGAGCUCAACACCAGACGUUGGUUUCUUAUCACGAUUUAUGUGGUCCUUUGUCGCGCCUGUCAUGUACGUGUACAACUAUAUGAUAGGUUACUUCUCAGGAGGUACGCGGCAAAAUACACAGAGACCCCAGAACAGCUCCCCCGAGAAUGUUGACGCGGAGGAGAAUAGUUCAGACGGAAUUAUACCAAACCUACGAAAUGUUCCGACAUCUGGUUUGGUCAGAAGAUAUUUGGGUUCUCAAGGGGGGACAACCAUCAAAACCGAGGGGCAUAUACAUAGACUUCAUUCAGGUGGGGAAGAUAAUGAUGAAAAUAAUACAUGGAACGGGAAUUCGACGCAACAAAUGUAGUUUUAUCUCGGAUCCGUUCGAGUUCCGAUGAGUUUAGUUGUUUUAAUUAACCGAACUACCCAACAAGUUUAAUUAGAAAUAUAUUUUGUUAAACUUUUACACUUCUUUUUUUUUUUUCGAUCUAUUGCACCGAAAUUAAACAUUGUGUUUCACGAUAUAAUCACGAUACAAGAAACGAACCGUUUAUUUGUGUGAAAUGUAACUUUGAACAAAUACUUGGUGCUCUACACUUCGAUAUCACUGUAUCAGAUCGAUAUACAAUUAUUUUAAUCACAAGUGAUACAAGGACCAAACGCAGCGAACUAACUGCGUUGCAACAGGUACACCAAAAGAUCGCGAAGAUAUAACCUUGUAUCCCUAAUACGAUUGUCAGAAUAUCUGAAGAUUUUAAUUUAUGUUCAAUGAUAUUCUUAAAGGAAAUUAUUUUAUUAUUCUACUCUAAUCAAAGUAAUUAUUCUAUAUUUUCGGAUGGUAACACGAGACGCAUUGAGUGUAGCA